UCACAUCUUGAGGAGAACUGAACCUAACCACCGUGCAUAUAUCGAGAAGUAAAGAAACAUCUCUUUUGAUAUAGGUUUCAAGGCGUGGAAAGUGCGAGAAAACAGCAACCACACUCAUCCGGCCUGUGCUGCUCUGAGAAGCCAGGAGCUGGAGUUUGAAGCUGUAAAAUACUCGCUAUGGCGGUAAACUUGGACAAGGAAGCGUACUACCGCCGAAUUAAGCGAUUAUAUGGCAAUUGGAAGAAAGGAGAAGAUGAGUUUGGCAAAGUGGAUGCCAUGGUGGUCUCCGUUGGGGUGGAUGAAGAGAUAGUGUAUGCCAAAUCCACUGCCCUGCAGACAUGGCUGUUUGGUUAUGAGCUGACAGACACCAUCAUGGUGUUCUGUGAGUCUAAGAUCAUCUUCCUGGCCAGCAAAAAGAAGGUGGAGUUCCUUAAACAGGUGGCUGUAACCAAGGGCAAUGAGAACGCCAACGGGGUUCCACCAAUCACACUGCUCGUCAGGGAAAAGAACGAGAGCAACAAGGUUAACUUUGAGAAGAUGGUGGAGGCAAUCAGGGCCAGUAAGGAGGGCAAGACUGUGGGUGUGUUCAGCAAGGACAAGUUCCCCGGCGAGUACAUGAAGAGCUGGAACGACAUGAUCACUGCCGAGGGCCUGGAGAAGGUGGACAUCAGUGCGGUGGUAGCCUACACCAUUGCCGUGAAGGAGGAUGGGGAACUGGCUCUGAUGAGGAAGGCUGCUGCCGUCACCAGCGACGUCUACUCCAAGUUCUUCAAGGAGCGGGUCAUGGAGAUCGUGGACGCAGACGAGAAGGUGCGCCACAGUAAGCUGGCUGAGUCUGUGGAGAAGGCCAUCGAGGAGAAGAAGUACCUGGGGGGAGCAGACCCCUCCACGGUCGAGAUGUGUUACCCCCCCAUUAUUCAGAGUGGGGGCAACUACAGCCUCAAGUUCAGUGUCGUCAGCGAUAAGAACCACAUGCACUUUGGGGCCAUCACGUGUGCCAUGGGGAUCCGCUACAAAUCGUACUGCUCCAACCUGGUCCGGACCCUGAUGGUGGACCCCCCACAGGAGAUGCAGGACAACUACAGCUUCCUACUGCAGGUGGAAGAGGAACUACUCAAAGAGCUCAAACACGGUGUAAAGAUCUGCGACGUGUACAAUGCUGUGUUGGACUACGUCAAGAAGGAGAAGCCUGACCUGGCGGCCAAAUUCACCAAGAACCUAGGGUUUGCCAUGGGAAUAGAGUUCAGAGAGGGUUCCCUGGUCCUGAACAGUAAGAAUCAGUACAAACUGAAGAAAGGCAUGGUACUGAGCAUCAGCCUGGGUUUCGCUGACCUGGUGAAUAAGGAGGGGAAGAAGGAGGAGCAGAAGAAAUACGCCCUGUUCAUAGGAGACUCCGUACAGAUCAACGAGGAUGAUCCAGCGACAGUUCUCACUCCGGUCAAGAAGAAGAUAAAGAACGUCGGAAUCUUCCUAAAGAACGAUGAGGAGGAGGAUGAUGAGGAAGAUGCUGAUGAUGCAGAGGAACUACUGGGAAAGGGAGCGCGUGGACAAGCUUUACUCCAGGACAGGACUAGGAAUGAGAUGACGGCGGAGGAGAAGAGGCGGGCUCACCAGAAGGAGCUGGCCAAUCAGGUGAACGAGGAGGCCAAGAGACGUCUGACAGAACAGAAAGGAGAGCAACAGGUCCAGAAGUCCAGAAAGUCCAAUGUCUCCUACAAGAACGGCUCUCAGAUGCCUCGAGAGAAAGAUGUUCGAGACAUGAAGAUUUUCAUUGACAAGAAAUAUGAGACGGUUGUCAUGCCUGUCUUCGGUAUUGCCACCCCUUUCCAUAUCGCUACCAUCAAGAACAUCAGUUCGUCGGUGGAAGGGGACUGGACGUACCUGAGGAUAAACUUCUAUGUUCCCGGCAGCUCUCUGGGACGCAACGAGGGCAACAUCUUCCCCAACCCUGAUGCCACCUUUGUCAAAGAAAUUACGUACCGGGCGUCGAACCUCAAGGCGCCUGGCGACCCAACGGUCCCGUCCACUAACCUCCAGAACGCCUUCCGCAUCAUCAAGGAAGUGCAGAAGCGCUAUAAGACCCGGGAGGCUGAGGAGAAGGAGAAGGAGGGCAUCGUCAAGCAGGACUCGCUGGUCAUCAACCUGAACCGCUCCAACCCCAAACUCAAAGACCUCUACAUCAGACCCAACAUCGCCCAGAAGAGGAUGCAGGGGUCGCUGGAGGCCCAUACCAACGGUUUCCGUUUCACGUCCGUCCGUGGGGACAAAGUGGACAUUCUCUACAACAACAUUAAACACUCCCUCUUCCAGCCCUGUGACGGAGAAAUGAUCAUCGUACUGCACUUCCACCUCAAGAACGCCAUCAUGUUUGGUAAGAAGCGUCACACAGACGUGCAGUUCUACACAGAGGUGGGCGAGAUCACCACAGACCUGGGCAAGCACCAGCACAUGCACGACCGCGACGACCUGUACGCCGAGCAGAUGGAGAGGGAGAUGAGACACAAGCUCAAGUCUGCCUUCAAGAACUUCAUCGAGAAGGUGGAGACCCUCACCAAGGAGGCGCUGGAGUUCGAAGUGCCCUUUUCCGUGAGCCUAUGGGGCGCACCCUACAGGAAGUACCUGUCUGCUGCAGCCCACCUCCAGUUCCUGUGUAACACCACUAAUGGUGCCGUUCGCUCCCGCUGCCAGAUUGCCGUUACGGCUCCCGCUGCCAGUGCCGUUCGGCUCCCGAACCCUGCUCAGGCCGUUCACGCCUCUCCUUGGCUGUGCAGGCCGUUCACGUGCGUUCCCCUGCUGCGUCAUGGCGUCGGCUCCCGCUGCCCAGUAGGCCGUUACAUUGCCUCCCGCUGCCCAGCGCGUCCUAGUCGCUCCCGGCUAGCGCAGGGCGUUGACCGCUGCUUCCGCUGCAGGCCGUUACUGCUCCCGCUGCUCGUUGCCCGCUACUGGCUCCCGCUGCUAGUACCGUACGCGCCCGCUGCAAUGCCGUACUCGCCGGCCGCUGCCAGUGCCGUUUCGCGCCCGCUGCCCUUUACCGUGUUCGCUCCCGCUGUAUACGUUACCUUACUGCUCCCGCUGCCAGAUGCGCGUUACGGCUUCCGCUGCCAGUGCCGUUACGAGCUCCCAGCUGCCAGUGCGUUCCGGCUCCCGCUGUUAGUGCCGUUACGGCUCCGCUGCCAGGGCCGUUCCGCGCUCCCGCUGCCAGGGCCGUUCGGCUCCGCUUGCCAGGGCCGUUACGGGCUCCGCUGCCGGGCCGGCCGUUACGGCUCCCGCUGCCAGGGCCGUUACGGCUCCCGCUGCCAGGGCCGUCUACGGCUCCGCUGCCAGUUAGCCGCUACGGCGCCCGUGCCAGUUAAAAGGGACAUGCUCUCAGCAGUGUACUAUGUUUUCAUUCCUUCCUCUCUCCUUCCCCAGCCUCCGUUCGUGGUGACUCUGGAUGAGGUGGAGCUGGUGCAUUUUGAGCGUGUUCAGUUCCACCUGAAGAACUUUGACGUGGUCAUCGUCUACAAGGACUACAGCAAGAAGGUCACCAUGAUCAACGCCGUGCCCGUCAACUCACUGGACCCCAUCAAGGAGUGGCUCAAUUCCUGUGAUAUCAAGUACACAGAGGGGGUCCAGUCUCUGAACUGGACUAAGAUCAUGAAGACUAUAGUGGACGAUCCAGAGGGCUUCUUUGAACAGGGGGGCUGGUCUUUCUUAGACCCGGAGAGUGAGGGGGAAGGAGCAGAGGAUGACUCUGAGUCGGGGGAAGACGGGACGUUUAACCCCUCGGCAGACGAGAGUGAGGUAGAGGAGGAAGACAGUGAUGAAGAUUAUGACUCAGAGAGCGAGGACUCCGGUAAUGACUACAGUGCGUCGCUGGGCAGUGAAGAGGAGAGUGGUAAAGACUGGGAUGAGUUGGAAGAGGAGGCCAGGAAAGCCGACAAAGAGUCUCACUAUGAGGACGCGGAGGAGACCUCGUCAGCUAAGAGGAAGGGUCGCUCGUCAGCCCCGCCUCCCAGUGCCAAGAAGAAACGGCGUCACUGAAUGACACCCACCACCAGACUGUCACCUACGCACACACUGCCAAAAACAUUGUUGAUUCAAUCCCCCGCUCUAAUUCGUCUUCGCUCUGUCACUUCCCUUCGUCUUUCUCUCAUACGCAAACACACACACACGCUAUACGAUCUGUAUAUAGAGGUAGUAGCACCCCCGUGCGUUUGUAUUAGACCGUGAGUGUCGUGAUUAAAUGGGCAUAUCGUACCUGACGAUAGACGGUUCAUUCCUCCCUCCAUUCCUUUGGCAACUCACUCCCCUGUUUCCAACGGCCAGGUGUGUGUGUGUGUGUGUGUGUGUGUGUGUUGAAAGGGUUUUAAUUGCAAACUACUGUUUUUCUGUUAAAUUGUUUCUAAACCAAUAUAUUAAGCAGUGAUGAUGCAGUAUCUUCUAAGCAUUUUUAUAAGAUUUAGUGACAACAAAUAAUCUUCCAUUCCUCCUUUCUACUGUUCUAUCCUUCUUGGACAUAGUUUAUUUGUUGAGCGAUUAAUAUGUUGGGAGGGGGGGCAGAGCCGAUAUCAAUAUUCCGUUUUUUUAAUGGGGGUUUGUACAGACUGACUGACGCUCAAGAACCUCACAAUGUCUCUCAUUUCCCCACCGCUUUCCUCCAUCUUUCUGUUAAUCCUGGAUAGGUAGACUGUUGAAUUGUUAAUUAAAAAUCCAGAAUUUUUUUUUUUGUAAUAAAAUUCAAAAAAUAGUGGUUA